UUCACACAACACAGACUGGCGUAGAAAGGGAGAGACUAAUUAUCGCGCAAUUUCAACCUAAAAUCCAAUCAGUUACGGUGAACGGAUUAAUCCAAUGACGGAGGACAGUUGCCCUAGGGUUGCGUCAUCAUCGGAAUCUGAUUCAUCGGUCACCAAACAAAGAAGAAAGAGAAAGUGGGAUCAGCCGGACGAAUCAUUGCUUUCUGCUGGAGUAGCAGUUCCAGGGAUACUCCCACUAGCUAACAUGGGAUAUCUGCCCAUGCCUGCUGUCUCCUUAGUACCAGGGGCUCCUCUUGCAAUCCCCUUUUCCACUUCUAACGCCAACGCUCUACAAGUUAUUCAGGUGCCUUUGCAGCAACAUGCUGCUUCCAUCAUCCAAAAGCUAGUCCAACCGAAAAUCCAAGACGAACUAAUAGCUAGAGAAAUUAUUAUAAACGAUGCUGACUCGGCUAUCCGGUAUAGGCUUACAAAGCGCCAAACUCAGGAAGAGAUUCAGAAGAGCACUGGAGCUGUAGUAAUCACUCGGGGGAAAUAUCACCCACCUAAUGCACCACCUAAUGGUGAGAGACCUCUAUAUCUCCACAUAUCCGCAGCCUCACAUUUAGAAACAACAGCAGAACGAAUUAGAGCAGUUGAUCAUGCUGCUGCAAUGGUGGAUGAAAUGCUGAAACAACCAAAUGCAAACAAUGGAGUUAAGGUUGAUCAUUUAUUAAGUACCUGUAUCUUUUUGGGAUUUGAGGUAGACCCAUCAGUGGACAUCGCUUCUCGCAUCCGUGGCCCAAAUGACCAGUAUGUAAACCACAUUAUGAAUGAAACAGGAGCAACUGUCUCACUAAGAGGACAGCGAUCUGGGGUUGCUGAAAAUGGACAGUGUGAAGAAACGCAACAACCUUUGCAUUUGUUCUUGUCAAGCAAUGAUGCAAAACUUCUUGAACGUGCUAAGCUCUUGGCAGAAAAUCUUUUGGAUACAAUUUGUGCUGAGUUUGGUUCAUCUAGGAUAUCUUCAUGUAAGGUGUAUGGUGCUGUUCCACCUCCACCUCAGUUGCAAGCUGGGGUCAACAGUCCUGGAAAUGCAUCAAAACUCAAUAAUAUACCUGCUUUCACGGCAACUACGUCUGGUUUAAGCAUUGUUGCCUCUCAGGGUUCAGUAUCUCAAUCUGGAUUGCCAAAUUCUGCACUACCUCAGACAAACACUUGCUAUCCUCACGGUUUGACAAGUGGAACAAGCUAUAUUGGUUAUGGUGGAAUAUAUCCCCAAACGACGCCUUUGCAACAAGUUGCUUUAGCCCUUAAGCACACGACUUCACCAGUUACUGCUACAAUAUCUCCUGCUAUCACAACAACAAGCACAAGCAUAGACCCACCAAGAGAGGUGCCCUCCCUUGCAAAUGAUAAACGUUCCCAAAGACGGAAGUUUCAGGAGUUGCCUGCUGCUGCAAAAGGUCCUGCAAGCAUAAAUCAGAAGAAAAUACAGGGAUCCGAAUUUCCCAUGCCACGUGAACUAACUUCACAUGUAGGUGUAAGAGAUAUUUCAGCUGUUCGAGAUUCUAAGAAUUCAUCAUCUUCUAAAAUGCCGCCUCCUCCUCCUAAGAGUUUACUGCCACCUCCUCCCCCACCAAAGUUCGACUCAACACCGCGACAACUGCAUGUAAAUGGCCAUGAGACCCACAGAUCUACACAUGAAACUGUCCCUGAUACUCUAAUCAAGUUAAUGGAAUAUGGAGAUGAUGAUGACGACGACAAUGAAGACCUGAGAGAGACGCCACAAGAGGUGUUAAAAGAAUGUUCAAGUUCCCCUCCGAAACCAAAACCUUUCUGGGCUGUUUGAAGUAUGAUUCGAUCCAUGACCGCAGCAGUCAUAUGGUCCACAAGACUACAUUCUCCUUUUUUAAGUGACGCAGACUGACUGAAGGAUACGUUGCUUGCCGGCCAGACCAAAAACUUUUAUGGGCCAGUGUGAGAGUCACGGUUUAAAAUUGGUUAAUUUAUACACAUCUCAUGAAACGUAAUUGGAUCUCAUGGACAACCAGGAAUGUGUUACUGGUUCACACCCACUGUUGGAUUUUGGUUGUUUGUAUAAGAAAAUUCAGAUGAGUAAAUUUCACAACGAAAAAUGCAGUUAUAUAAUGAUUUUGUUGAUAUA